AAUUCUCAGUAGCCAAACAACAAUGUCUCUUCUCAACGAUCUCGUUAAUCUCAAUCUAUGCGACGUCACUGAAAAAGUCAUAGCUGAAUACAUAUGGAUCGGUGGAUCUGGCAUGGAUAUGAGGAGCAAAGCAAGAACAUUGCCGGGACCGGAGUCGGAUCCUUCAAAACUUCCUAAAUGGAACUACGACGGUUCCAGCACGGAGCAGGCCACCGGUGAUAACAGUGAAGUUAUUAUAUAUCCUCAAGCGAUAUUCAGAGAUCCAUUCAGAAGAGGAAGGAACAUGUUGGUGAUGUGUGACGCGUAUACACCAACUGGAGACCCCAUUCCUACAAACAAAAGAUUCAACGCUGACAAGGUCUUUAGCCACCCUGAUGUCGUUGCGGAGGAGCCAUGGUAUGGCAUUGAGCAAGAGUACACACUUUUUCAAAAGGACACUAAAUGGCCUCUUGGAUGGCCUGUCGGAGGGUUUCCCGCACCACAGGGACCGUACUAUUGUGGAGUGGGUUCUGACAAAGCCUUCGGCCGAGACAUUGUGGAUGCACAUUACAAAGCUUGCCUUUUUGCUGGCAUUAACAUUAGUGGAAUCAAUGGUGAAGUUAUGCCUGGCCAGUGGGAAUUCCAGGUAGGUCCAGUUACUGGGAUUUCUUCAGGGGAUCAAGUAUGGAUGGCUCGAUACAUACUCGAGCGAAUAACUGAAAUCGCAGGAGCUGUUCUUUCUUUCGAUCCCAAACCUGUUUUGGGUGAUUGGAAUGGUGCCGGCGCUCAUACUAAUUACAGCACAAAAUCGAUGAGAAAUAAUGGUGGGAUCGAAGUGAUAAACGAGGCGAUCGAGAAAUUAAGUAAGCGGCACAAGGAACACAUUGCAGCUUAUGGUAAGGGUAAUGAGAGACGCUUAACAGGUCUUCACGAGACUGCCGAUAUCAACACAUUCUCUUGGGGUGUUGCAAAUAGAGGAGCCUCUGUUCGUGUUGGUCGUGACACUGAGAAAGAAGGAAAAGGCUAUUUCGAAGAUAGAAGGCCAUCAUCUAACAUGGAUCCUUACGUUGUGACUUCAAUGAUAGCUGAAACCACCAUUCUAUGGAAGCCAUAAAGAGCUUGAAAAUGGAGGCAUUGGAAAAUCCCACGUCGAACUAAAACUAAAUGUUAAAUUACUUUUUAUUGCUUCGAAUUUGCCAGUUAGUACUUUUUAUUUAGUUCUUAAUUUAUUUGUCUGGAUAUUGUUGGAACAAUGAUAGCCGAGAUAUGGUCAAGAAGAAAAAAGGAAAAAGAAUCUAAAUAGUUAA